AUGAGCGGAGAAGACGUCCGCCUUUGGGGGACCCCUUCCGAAUCGAUUCGUCCAGAACGUGUUCUGAAGGACAUCGGCGCCUCGGGCGUGCGCAAGGUCCGCGAGGCCAUCCGAACCUAUUCGGAUCCGUCUCUGGCCUAUCAGAAAGUCGCCGCGAAUUAUCAACCGGAAAAGCUCUGGGAAGCGAACCUCUCGUUUUUCAAGGUCCGGAGUGUGCUGGGUGCCGGAUCAUUUGGAACCGUGUUCCGGGGCUACAAUGAAAAGGAAAAGUCGAAAUGUGCCAUCAAGCUGGUGCGGACCUACAAAAGAGACAUUGACAUGAUCGUAAGUGUAUACAAUAUUGUUAAUAACUUCUUUUAGUUCCAGAAUCUCAUCCAGAAAUGUGAUUGAGGGUAAUUCUUGAAGACUCUAGUUGCUGUCUUUCAGAAACGUGAGAUCCGCGCUUUGGGCACUUUGCAUCAUCCAAACAUUGUCCAUCUCUACUGUGCAUGCAUCACGAAUGACGGAGUCCUCACUCUGAUCAUGCCAGCUCUCUACCCUCUUGGGAAAAUCGUGAUGGAGAUGUAAGUCGACCAACAAGGUAUCUUGAAUUCUUCAUCUUACAUUAUUUAGACGAUGAAAUCUAAAACUGCCAAAUUUAUUUCAUUUUUAGACCAUUCAGUAUAAAAUUCACCUUGUAGACUAACAACACCCUUUUACUUUCAGUUUGGCAGAACAGAAAGAAGACCGAGAGACCAAAGAAGUGUUUCAGAUCUUCUCAGAAGAUGUAGUUCACAAUAUCAUCCAGCAGGUUUGUUGCGGCCUGGCCUUCAUGCACAGCCAUAAAUUUGUUCAUCGAGACCUUAAAGCCGACAAUUUCUUGUUUGACAAAGAAGGGACGAUCAAGAUUGCCGACUUUGGGCUCUCUCGCAAGUAUACGCCAGCUGAGAACAGCCUCGGACUCUUGAAGACCCCAUGUGGAACCAAGCUGUUCAUGGCGCCAGAAGUCGCCAAGCGUUAUUUCGACAGAAGCGCAGCGGCGUAUGACAUCAGAGCUGAAACAUGGCAAGGAAUUUUUGAUUUUAUUGCUUACUACAGUGCUAUAAUUUUUUAAUUUCAACAUAGAAAUUUAAUUACAGUGGGGGACCUGAUCCAGUGGCAAAAAACGUACGAUUUUGCAUCCGGGAAGGAUCAAAAAUGUGGCAAAAUGCUUCCCUCUCCAAGUGAAAAAACUUCGUUUUGAAGGGCGCGCCAUUUCCCUCACAAAAAGAGCGAGCGCGCUUUUGAAAUCUGAGUUUUUUUCACUUGGAGAGGGAAGCAUUUUGCCACAUUUUUUGAUACUUCCCGGAUGCAGAAUGGUACGUUUUUUGCUACUGGAUCAGGUCCCCCAUUGUAAUGCAUUUAGGGCGGUCGGGAUCUGCACGCUGGAGCUUCUAUACGGCACGAUUCCGUUUGAAAGAAACCCCAACCCAGACGUUGAAGAAGAAAUUGCGGCUUUGCAGAAAAUGAACACAGUUCGCGACGUAAAUUGGAACAGGAUGUAUGCCAAUGGAGAACAACUGAGAAAAAAACUGUCCAAGCAUUGCAAAGACUUCAUUGGUAAGCAGCGAACACUAAUUCAGACAAAUCCAAUGCGAUCCAGAUCUUUCGCUAGUCGUUCGGAUGAUUUCGCUCUGAAUCGAACUCUCGGGAAAGCCGCCUGGGAAUUUUCAGGAUAAAUCAAACGACUAGUCAGACCUUUUACAGCAUCAUUUGCAGAUUCUUGUCUCAAAUUGAAUCCGGCAGAUCGUCCGACUGUCUCCGAACUCUUUGUCCAGAAAUUCUGGAUGCUCCAGCCUCCUAUCCCCAAUGCUGAGUUGUUUGAAAAACUACUUGGGACUUGCGGAGAAGACAAUUUGAAAUAUUUGCUUGAGAAGAAACAUAGACGCAAAUUGGAAGAGCAUCGAAGAAUGAACAACAAUCCCGCAAAUCCCAUCAAACUGUUAAAGCAUCUGAUAAUGUGCAUCAGCCUUUCCUUGGGCUCUUCUCAGGAAAGAUUCUUCAAGAAAUUUGUUGUGAAAACUUCUUUCCACGAGAAAGAAGCGGAAAGUCUCUUCCACGAAAUGCUUUUUGGGUACCUAUACGAUGAACAAAUAAAGUAGGUAAGCUUACGUCAUAUUAUCUUCGUUUAUGUAUACAUGUUGUAAUCGAAUCAUUUCAGUCUCUACGAUUUCAUCUACAUCAGCACAGGAGCCAUCAAAGCCUUCAGAAGAGUUAAGGAAUUGGAUGCCAAAGUGAAAAGAGGUUCUCGUGUUAGAGAAGAUGAAAGUACAGUUGCCGCUGCAGAAAAGCCAGAGGUUGUGGACUUACAAGACGGCGGGAAAUGUGUUAUAAGUUGGCAUAAGGAGCUGUUCUUGGACAACGCGAGUCCUACAGCGAAUGGAGAGAGGCCAGAAGCCCCGCCGAGACAGAGAAGAAUUUCUAGAAACCGCUGA